AUGAGGAAACAUCUAGGUGGAUAUUGGUUGGCCAUUGUCUGUGUCCUGCUCUUUAGCCAGCUCUCCUCAGUCAAGGCAAGAGGCAUAAAGCACAGAAUCAAGUGGAACCGGAAGGCCUUACCAAGUACCUCCCAGGUCACCGAGGCCCACACUGCAGAAAUCCGCCCAGGGGCGUUCAUCAAGCAAGGCCGGAAGCUGGAUAUCAACUUUGGAGUGGAGGGCAACAGGUACUAUGAGGCCAACUAUUGGCAGUUUCCUGAUGGCAUCCAUUACAACGGCUGCUCCGAGGCCAACGUCACCAAGGAAAAGUUUGUCACCAGCUGCAUUAAUGCCACCCAGGCGGCAAAUCAAGAGGAACUGUCCCGUGAGAAACAAGACAACAAGCUUUACCAGCGGGUCCUGUGGCAGCUGAUCAGGGAGCUCUGCUCCAUCAAGCACUGUGACUUUUGGUUGGAAAGGGGAGCAGGACUUCGUGUCACUCUGGACCAGCCCAUGAUGCUCUGCUUGCUGGUUUUCAUUUGGUUUAUUGUGAAAUAA